AUGAGGUGGGACGAGUACAGCAUCAAUGAGGACCAGUUGCCUCCUGACUUUGCACCUGAAACAGCGGAGGCGGCGCUGUUUGUGGGGCGAGCCAUGCUGUUGCUGCAGGAGGCGGGGCGGCGCAGUGAGAGCGAGCUGAGCGGGCGAGGGGCGGGCAGCAGCAGGCAGAGUGUUGUGCUGAGCGGGCGAGGGGCGGGCAGCAGCAGGCAGCGGAAGCAUGAGGCAGACGUGAAGGGGAUACUGGACAGCGUGCUUGCAUUGCGCAAGGGGCGCACGAAGCAUGUGUGGGACGAGCAGCGGGUGCACGAGGUGGUGGCGGCAGCCAGGAAAAGAGCAGCGCACCGCCUGUGGCAGCUGGUGGUGAGGCAGAGCGACCUCUUUGGUCAUCUGCACGCCGUGCAUUACUUCCUGCUGGGCGGAGGGGGCGCCUUCAUGCAGUCGCUGAGGGAGGUGCUGGCACAGCCUUAC